GGCUGGUUAGAAGUAGAUUUUAUUUUAGAUUUUAUUUACAAUUUGUUUGUUUUUUAACUGUUAAAAUGGCUUCACCUGCCACAAGGGACGACAGCAUCCAGAUUGGGUUAAGUUUGGAGUCUGAGUUCUUGCAGGACAUUCCUACACAACUGUUUCAAGCAGUAGAAGGGAAGUUGCAUCAUGAUCAAAGGAAAGUCAAUGUUUUUACAGCAAACAAAGAUUACUUUGCAAAUGCUUAUUCAAAUGAGCUGAAAGUGAACACCCUUGAAGAAUUUGCGUUGAUCAAGCAGCGUUUACUCACCUUACCUAUUUACAUGAGGGUAGAACUGCGUCGGCACCGGAAAUCUGGAAACACAACCCAUAUUAACUAUGGUACCUUCAUAGUGAUGGUGAAUACUAAACAUCCAAGUAUUCAACCUCAACUACAAGAAUGUUUGGAUCGUGCAGAAUCUUAUUUAAGAGAGGAACAAAAAUUUGCUCUUGAGAUUGACUUUGGCCCUGUGCUAAGAUCAUGGUACAAGCUAAGACAUGACAACUCAAGUGCCAGCUACAUUGCCAAAAAUUCUUAUUUCUGCAUAACCAACUUUCGAAAAAAGUCCAAAGUAUUUGUGAACCCAGUUUGGUGGAUAUUAUGUUUGCCAGUGUGUCUGCUUGCUGCUCCAUUAUACUGUGCAUACAGGCAUGCUUUAUCUGAGGACUUUUCAUGUGUUUUGAAAUCAGCAGUUCGUUAUGUAGAAGGUACCACCCCUGCUCAAAGGCUUGCCAUGAGGAACAUGAUACAAGCUGUAUAUGCACAAGGUGUUCAACAUGGACACAUGACAGCAGCUACCAGACCUCCCCAAAGCCCCCCAACAUAUUCUGAAGCAGCUCCCCCUUCAUAUAAUGAUGCAACGGCCCCUCCUUACCACCUUAUGAAGCAAAACAGUGAUGAUGAUCUUGUACAAGCUUAACGUUUAGUUACCUAUCUACUUUUCAUUUACAUUGUGCCUCUUGGUAAAAAAUCCAUAUAAAAGUAAUACUCUGCACUUUAUUUUACUUAAUGCUCGUUGUUUUUCUCUCUGAUAAAAUCAUCUAUAUUGUAAUUUUCACUCUCUGCUUAAAGUUUCUUUGUAUAGAAAGUAUUGUUUCAUUAUUCUUUAAUUUUAACUGCAAAAGUAACUGUACAUUGUUUGUACAUAUAUGUCUGUCCAAAAGUUGCCAAAUACAAACUAGGAGCAUUUGAUAAAAACGCCAAAUUAAUUAUUUGUAAACAAAUUAUAGUAGCAGUAUUUCAUUCAGUAAAUGAUCUCCUUUUUAAAGAUAUCGGUUUGGUUUUAAGUUGUUCCAUUUUAUGUUUUUUCCAUCAACUUGAACCUUGUUUUCCAAUCAGUUUAAUAACGUUUGUCAUUCGUUUGAUGCCUUUUAAUAAAUUGCUUAAAAUAAAUCAUAAUGGUGAAUAAAACGAAAAGGCAUGCAGUUCGAACUUCGAACACCAUGUAU